AUGCUUUUGCGGUGCCGGACACUCGCGGCGCUGCGGCACGCAGAGGGAGUAGGCGGGACGGUGCGUAUGGCUCCCGUGGCGCUGGCCGUGCUGCGGAGGGCUAAUGCGGCCAUUUGCGCGGCGCGGGCCGCGUGCGCUCAACGACUCACGCGUCGUCCCGCGCCGCCCGAUUUGUCGUCGCGGCGGCCGCCGCAGCGCCGCCGCAGCCGCCGCACAGUGGUCCCAGGAGGUGGUGUGCCGCAGGGGCCAACAUUCGUGGCCGUGGCGAGGUUGGGUUUUAAUCCGAUGAGUUUCGGACUGUUUGUGAGUGCGUCACGCGAUGCAAUGACCAGCGCCUUCAUCGUGGCAGUCGUGUACUCUUCUCCAAUGUCACCUCAUCCUCCAUCACCUCCACUGCCCACAUCACCACCUUCGCCUUCCGUGCCCGUUGGCUGCGCCGCCUCCCUGGCGCUCCGCGAGGCUGCUCCCUCGGGUCUUCUCCCGGGCCGCGUGAAAUUAGGGGCGUCCUCCAAGUGGCCCAAAUCUUGUCAGUGUAAAUAA